AUUAAUAUAUAACAUAUGCAUAUUAUGUUAAAUUUAACACAAAUUUUUGAACUUUGUACGGAUGACAAGACGAUUCGCGGAGCGUUGACAGCUGUCAUCUUUUUCUCUCUUUCUCUUUUUCUUUGCUAUUUUUCCCCGACAAUUGAUUUCCGAUCGACAGGAUCGGAAAAAAACCGCGGAUAAUGUCCACCGUUCCACAAAGGUCUGCAGAAGAAACAGCUCGACGUUAUUCUUCUUUCUCGGUAAGUCGAUGAUCUCUCUUUAUAUUAGAGACAAAUCAGCAUUUCUGUCUGCGUGUAUGGAUUUUUCGCAAAGAUAUCUGUCAUUCCACUGGUGAACAUCAGCGUCGUGGAAGGGAGGCCCGCCGAAUUACCAUGUGACAUCACUCCUCCUGGCGAGGACACGCUGCACAUGGUUUUCUGGUUUAAAGACGAGGCCGGAGUACCGCUGUACACGAUUGACGCGCGAGAUAAACCAGUGACGAAGGCGCACCAUUCAUCGGACGCCGGCGUUUUCGGUCCACGGGCCUUUUUCCGAACCACUUUCCCGAGCCCGGCGGUUCUGGUGAUCGACGAUAUAAAGCGGCACGACGCGGCGACAUACCGAUGCAGAGUGGAUUUCCGGAAGGGUCAGACGCGCAGCUUCCGAUACAAUUUGACCGUGAUCGUUCCGCCAGAGCAGCCAACCAUCUUGGAUCGGUGGGGUCGCAUCUUGAACGGCACAGCUGGCCCUUACGAGGAAGGCGAUGCACCGUAUCUCACGUGUCGCGUCACGGGCGGAAAACCGCAACCUAUGGUCAGAUGGCUCAUAAAUGGCCGGGUGAAGGACGAACAGUACGAGAAUAAUGCUGGCGAUGUGAUCGAAAACAAAUUAGCGCUACAACCUAUUACUCGGGCCGAUCUUGGUUCAAACUUCACCUGCGAAGCUCGAAAUACGGAUUUGGUGGAGCCGAAGGAGACCUCGAUUUCGUUGGAUCUCAAUCUAAAACCUCUAGCUGUGGUCAUAAGAAGGCCGGGCAGGAAGGGAAUCGGCAACGAGUCCCUCCUGGCGGGGAAGCGAUACGAUAUGGAGUGCGAGACUACUGGUUCAAGGCCACCCGCGGUGAUAACUUGGUACAAGGGCCGGAGAAGACAACUAAAGCACACGACGGAGGAAAGAUCGGAGAAUCGAACCGUCAGCACGGUGGAGUUCGAGCCGGGUGUGGAGGAUCAUGGGAAAUCUAUCACCUGCCGGGCGGAGAAUCCAAACGUGACCGGACUCUACGUCGAGAAGUCCUGGAAGAUCGACGUCGUGUAUCCGCCGAUAGUAUCGUUAAACCUCGGAUCGACCUUAAGCCCAGAAGACAUUAAAGAAGGGGAUGACGUGUAUUUUGAGUGCCACAUCAGAGCCAAUCCUCCCUGGUCGAAGCUUGUCUGGAUACACGACAAUCAAAUUCUGGCGCAUAACACGUCGGCGAGGAUCAUCUGGUCGAAUCAAAGCCUCGUCCUGCAAAGCGUGACAAGGAGCAGCGCAGGAAAAUACAUUUGCGCAGCAACGAAUGACUUGAAUGAGACGCGAAGCGAGCCGCUGCACUUUCGCGUUAAAUUCGCGCCGGUGUGCAAGGAGGAUCGGAUCAUAGUGGUCGGCGCGUCAAGGGGCGAGUCGCUCGACAUCGCCUGUAGGGUCGAGGCCGAUCCGCCGGCGCACAAUUUCCGGUGGAAAUUCAACAACAGCGGCGAGACCCUGGAGGUAUUGCCCGGUAGGUUCUCCAUGGAGAAGUCGAGCGGCGUCAGCGUGCUGAGAUACACGCCGACCACCGAGCUGGAUUACGGUACCCUCUCAUGCUGGGCGGACAAUCUCGUCGGUACCCAAUCGAGGCCGUGUCUGUUCCAGCUGGUAGCGGCUGGAAAACCAUUUUCGGUACGCAAUUGCACUCUGGCGAACCAGACUUAUACCAGCGUGGAGGUGAAGUGCGUGCCAGGAUACGACGGCGGAUUGCCGCAGAAAUUCGUCCUGGAAGUCUAUCACGGCGACGUGGACUUCCUCACCAGCAGCCAGCCUCUCUACAACGUCUCCAACCCGGACGAGCCGACCUUUGCCCUCGCCGGGCUGGAGGCCUCGGUCGAGCUCGGGGUCCACGUGGCGGUUUAUGCGGUCAACGCCAAGGGACGAAGUCAACCUGUCACCCUCAGCGAGGUCACCUAUCGCGACGCCGAAAAACGAACCGGUCAGGACGCCGGAAUCGUGUUAUCGCCACUGAUAGGCGUUGUGGUCGGCGCUCUGGUGACUUUGGUUCUCAUCAUCCUGGUCGUGGUGGUCAGAGUACGUCGGGAACGCGUGGCGAAGCCGCGGCACGAGAAACCAGCGGAACUCAGCGAGCUGCCGUCCCAACAAUAUCCCAUGCAGAACUCCCAGCAGACUGUGGAGACUGAUCCCGACGUGAUCCCAAACAAGUUCGAGGGUAAUCUCGUGGAGGUCAGCCCGCCGAGUUACCCGGGCGGUUAUCCCCCGGGGCACUGGGUCACGCCUGGACCUACGCCAAGCAUAGACGAGCUCUGUCACAAGUUCACGGGGCGGCCGACGGAGCUGAGGCUACCGUCCAGAAGCACGAUACCGAAUCUGCCGGGGAUGCCGGUGACGGGGGUGAUGGUGGGCGCCGGCCAGGGCGUCGUCAUCGGCGGCGCCCAGGGUGUCGUCGUCGGCGGAGGUCAGGGUGUCAUCGUGGCGGGCGAGUGCCUCGAUGGGGAGGCGAUCAAGCGAAGACUGAUGGCCAACAGACUGCCGGAGAGUUGCGUCUAGACUCUCCCGUCAUCGUCGUCGUCGUCCUAGCCCCCAUUCUUCUAGAGGGAUGUAACUACCUAGCUGCUCUCCGGGAAGAAAAACACUUGUCAACCAAGAGUAUCCAAGAGCAAUUUUGCAGAGGGAGAGAAGGAGAGACCUGUCGUGGAGAGACGUUUACAUUGUCCGCUUUCGUGACAGCCGUCUGUUUAGCUUUAACGUGUGUUUACGGUAUAAUACGGUGCUCGAUCGAAACUCGGCGAAACUCCGGUGUUGGGAUACGGAGACGAUGGGGUUUCCAAGCGCGGCGAUCAAUAGCGGACCCGCGUGGGGUUACGUGUCGCGGAUUCCGCAUUAUUACGUGUCUCGCGAACGAGCGAUUGAUUUUCUGGCACGCGAACCGGAAUCAUCGGGAAAUGUGGUCAUCGUCAUGGGCGGCCGCAGGGAGGGCGACGACAAGAGAUGAGGGCAUUGCCCCCCUUUUGGAAUCAGAAAAUAGAUUAAGAUUUGCACUGGGAUUUUUUUGCAAUUUUAUUUCAUAUAAAAAUAUUGAAAUAAAAAAAUGAACAAAGAAUAAUAAGAAAAAAAACCAUGCUUCUCCUUGCGGUCAUUGUCAUAGACGGCCGCAGGGGCGCACGAGGGGGCAUUGCCCCCUUCUAGGAGUCAGGAGAUUAAGAUUUGUACUAGGAUUUUUUUGCAAUUUUAUUUCACAUAAAAAUAUUGAAAUAAAAAAAUUAACAAAGAAUAAUAAGAAAAAAAAACCAUGCUCCUCUUUGCUGUCGUCGUCAUAGACGGCCGCAGGGGGGCAAGAGGGGGCAUUGCCCCCCUCUUGGGUCAGUAAAAAGAUCAAGCAUUAACAAAGAUUAAUAAGAAAAAAAAAAUAUGAUGCCUCUCCCUGCGGUCAUCAUCAUGAACGGUCGCAGAGGGGGCAAAAGGGGGCAUUGCCCCCCUCUUGGAAUCAGGAAAAAGAUUACGGUUUGCACUGGGAUUUUUUUGCAAUUUUAUUUCAUAUAAAAAUAUUGAAAUAAAAAAAUUAACAAAGAAUAAUAAGAAAAAAAACCAUGCUCCUCUUUGCUGUCAUCGUAAUAGACGGCCGCAGGGGGGCAAGAGGGGGCAGUGCCCCCCUCUUCGGUCAGUAAAAAGAUCAAGCAUUAACAAAGAUUAAUAAGAAAAAAAAAAUAUGAUGCCUCUCCCUGCGGUCAUCAUCAUGAACGGUCGCAGAGGGGGCAAAAGGGGGCAUUGCCCCCCUCUUGGAAUCAGGAAAAAGAUUAAGAUUUGCACUGGGAUUUUUUUGCAAUUUUAUUUCAUAUAAAAAUAUUGAAAUAAAUCAAUUAACAAAGAAUAAUAAGAAAAAAAAACCAUGCUCCUCUUUGCUGUCAUCGUCAUAGACGGCCGCAGGGGGGCAAGAGGGGGCAUUGCCCCCCUCUUGGGUCAGUAAAAAGAUCAAGCAUUAACAAAGAUUAAUAAGAAAAAAAAAAUAUGAUGCCUCUCCCUGCGGUCAUCAUCAUGAACGGUCGCAGAGGGGGCAAAAGGGGCAUUGCCCCCCUCUUGGAAUCAGGAAAAAGAUUAAGAUUUGCACUGGGAUUUUUUUGCAAUUUUAUUUCAUAUAAAAAUAUUGAAAUAAAUCAAUUAACAAAGAAUAAUAAGAAAAAAAAACCAUGCUCCUCUUUGCUGUCGUCGUCAUAGACGGCCGCAGGGGGGCAAGAGGGGGCAUGGCCCCCCUCUUGGGUCAGUAAAAAGAUCAAGCAUUAACAAAGAUUAAUAA